AUGAAAAUUUUGAGAAGCAGCGAAAAAUACGCACUCCAGGCAAUAAAUGAGAGUCCAGCGCCUAUUCUCACUGAAGAACGUGUUUCUUUCGCCAUGAACUUCAUCGCUGAUUGUCUAGACAAAGAACAAAAAUACAACCAAGCUUUGAAAUGGCGCCGAGCAGCAGUUGCAAUCAAGAACGACGAAACUAUUGCUUCGCACACUCAACAAGACACACGGAAAGGAAAAAGCGGCAAGAAAGCUUCAAAGCGAAAAUCUAGACGUGGCUGA